UCGACAAAUAUGAUUAUAUCUGAUUCGUCUGAUUGUAGUUGAAAGAUUGAACUCCUCUUGAAUCCCACACAAAUCUUUACCAAAUAAAAAAUUUGAACUAAAUUAAACACACAAAACUUAAUUAGAAUCAAACUCAUUACAGGGGUAUGGGUACUAGUUAGGUUUAUUACGGAGUAUUUUAUUAUAUUUACAAUAAUGCCAUUGGCAUACAAGGGGAUUGCUCGGAGGAGUGAACGGUACUCGCGACUCAUACGGAGUACUUCGUAAGUCACAAAGAACAUAAUCUCCCGACUCCCGUCCCCUCUUUUGUCUGCUACUUCGGUGACCGGCAAUAAAGUACGUUCUCCGGCGACCGUUGUCGGACGGGGAACACGCUUUAUCUUCUAAAUCGCUGUCAAUUUCUCUGUCGUCACCAAGAAUGCAAGCAGAAGGAAUUUCCAAUGUUGAUGAUGAAGCGAGGGAAAUCCUGGCAGAGUUUAUGGUGGGAGUUAUAAAGUUUGAAGAGUUAGUAGAAGUUGGACGGACGUAUCUCAUCAGAUUUCAACAGGCACUUGAUUUUCUCCGACGCCCUUCUAUAUAUGAAUCGUCAGAGCUGGUCAAGAGCAUCGUUAAAGCAAAUGAAACUAAGAGGGUCAGUGCAUACGUAGAAGCUGGUUGCAUCAAUGCUUAUGAUAGUGCAGUGAGUGUUAGUCAGCUUAACACAAGUGUGGGUAAACUUCGGGAUUGUUUACUUAAAGCCAAAGGCAUAAUUGACAAACUUCAAAGUCUUAUGGAUAAGGCCGGGAAUGCUUUACUUAUGAACUCCGAUGACCAAAUUGAGAUAGAGUUCCAGGAACCAGAACAAGAAGUAACUGCUUCCCAAAAGCUUGAUGCUGCUGGUUGUGCCUCCUUUAUGGCAGUGGUUUACAGCAUGGUAAAACAAGAUUAUACGAUGCAGGAAAAGAUUGUUUCUUCGUUGAAUCUGAAAUCUUCAAGUGAUGAAUUGGAGAGCUACUCUCUAAUGUGGACGUUAAGGCCGUUUAUAAAUGAGGAUGUUAUACAGCAAGCUAUGAGACAGGUUAGAUGAUCUUAGCAAUGCUUCCCAAAAGCUUAUGAACUCCCGCGAUCAAAUUGAGAUGGAGUUCCAGGAACCACAACAAGAAGUAACUGCUUCCCAAAAGCUGUAUGCUGCUGGUUGUGCCUCUCCUUUAUGGCAGUGAUUUACAGCAUGGUAAAACAACAGUAUACGAUGCAGAAAAACAUUGUUUCUUCGUUAAAUCUGAAAUCUGCAAGUGAUGAAUUGGAGAGCUACUGUCUAAUGUGGACGUUAAGGCCGUUUAUAAAUGAGGAUGUUAUACAGCAAGCUUUGAGACAGGUUAGAUAAUCUUGCUUGCUUUGUACUUUUUCCCUUCACCUAGGAAGUUCACCAUUUGCUGAUUGAACACCUAAUUAGAUAUCCUGCUUCUCUUUUAUCAUUGCUGGUUAAAGUUUUUUCUUGAUUACUUGGAUUAUGUUGUACUAUAUUCCCAAUGGGGUUCAUCUAGUUUUCUCGAUAGUUCUUUGCCACGGAGAACUUCAAAUCUGUUGUUUUGUUGUUCUAUAUUCCCAAUGUUGUUAUCUGUUUUUUAUCUGGUAUACAUUUGCAGUGUAGCAGUAAUAUUUGAGCGGCACUCAUACUUUGGAAAAUAAUGUUUGUAUUAAGGAUAUAUUAUAAUAUAAAUUAUUAUUCGUAAUUGUCA